AUGUCCAACGACGAACCGGGGUGGGACCGGGAAAGCUUGGAUUUCCUUGAGCCUAUUGUGUCCAUCAAUGGUUCUGAUAAGGACGAUGAUUUCAAAGAACUAGUCUACGCCAUGGCUGUUGCUGUAUACUUCCUUGUGCUCGCCCGUCGGCGUAACCCCGGGCCAGAUGCAGAGGCGGAUAUCGAAGCGCAGAAAAUGGACAAGAAGACUUUUAUUGAAAUGCGUCAGACCGCACUGAACAGCCUUGGGCUGAAGGCUAAUGACCGGAGGCAUCGUGAUGAUGUUGACCAAUGGAUCACUCUUAUCAUGGAGCAAGGAUGGGCCAACGGUCAAGAAUGGUUCGAGAAUAUCCCCUAUGCUGGACAGCUCUAUGGCGAAGACGAAGAAGGCAGGUCCUACCAAGAUCUGGACGAAGAGGAUGCGACACUCAGGGGUGUUAGGCCGCCUAAACGUUCGGCAGCUGGGAGUGGGACUCGUAUCUCGCAGUCAGAUCAUGCUCCGCGUGGCGGUCUUUUGCCUGGACUGGGUACAAUGAUGCAGGAUCGAGUUGACUGGUUGUGUGAUGAUCGUCAAGAGGAUUAUGUGAAUUGGAAAGCGGACAUCAUGGCUCGCAUCGAAGGUGCAGCUGUUUAA